AGGAAAAGAAACACCAGUGACAGUCUGUGCAGGCAAACCUUGGGUUCAGCGUGCAGAAAAAUAACAAUUCCGGUGUUUCCUGGCUGUUUGUUGUUAUUGUGUUUUUGCGCCCUUCCAUUUUGUCAGUGUGGGCAAAGUUUCGGAGGGCGAUGCUAGCGGCGGAAGAUCCGUCCUCGGAACGACAUUUACUAGCCUCCACCCCAAGGAGGAGAGGCAUGGAUUGCAAGGCCAAGCCCAGCGCUGCCGCCAAGAAGCUGGUGCAGGCUCGCCUUCCUUUCAAGCGUCUGAACCCUGAACCCAAGGAAAAUGGGGAACCCAAGAAGCUCAGGGGUCCACCCGUGCCCGCCGCCCUGGACGCAGGGGCCUCGGACGGAGAGAACGAGCUGGAGCCCCCGCCUCUGCCCCCGCCCAUCCGGGCCACCUUGGUGAACGGCCGCGGGCCCCUGGACGGCUUCAUGAGCCGCAGCGUGCGCCAUGCCCCUAGCAUUACCAUCGACCUCACGGAAGACUCUAACUCCGCCAGCACCGCCCAGCAGCCUGCCGCCCCCCCCACAGCCAGCUCCUGCCCCCCAGCACAGGACAGUCAGACAGACAAGGGCCUCGCCGCCCCCCCGGAGUCCAGCGCCACCGUCUCCAUGGAGACGGACGCCCAGGUCGGGGCGGACGCCUCCCCCUCUCGGUCGGAACAGCCCCCGCGGGGUGUGGAAACAGAAGGGGCGGAGCAAAACGAGACAGACAUUUCUACCCACGAAAACGUGUCGCUGCUGUCGCCCUCGUCGUCAAGCUCGCUGUCGGCGGCAGAGAGCUCGCCCGAGCAGACGAAGACCACGCUCACUCCGACCACAGGGGGACCAAAGACGAACACAGACACAGAUGGGAAGAAGAGGAAGAGGCGGUCCCUCAAGAGCGCGGAGGAGGAGCAGCGGCGGCAGGAGGAGCGGCAGGAGCGCGAGAGGCAGCGGCAGGAGGCGCGAGCCGCCAAGGAGAGGAAGAAAGAGGAGACGCGCCGGCUGAGGGAGGAGCGCGAGAGGGAGAGGAGGGAGAAGAAGGAGAAGGAGGAGCGGGAGAAGCGUGAGAAGAAGGAGCGGGAUGAGAAGGAGAGGGCGGAGAAGCUGAGGAUAAAGGAGGAGCAGCGCAAAGUGAAGCAGGAUGCAAAACUUGAAGAAAAAAAGAAGAAAGAAGAAGAGAAGCGGGUAAAAGAAGAGAAGGAUAGAAUAAAGGCUGAGAAAGCAGAGAUUACCAGGUUUCUGCAGAAACCCAAGGCCCAGCAGGCUCCAAAGACCCUGGCGGCGGCCUGCGGGAAGUUUGCUCCGUUUGAGAUUAAGGAGAACAUGUGUCUGGCACCGUUGUCCCGGGUUCAGUGUAAAGAUUUGGUUCUGGAGGAACUGGACCAGUACCUGGCCCAGCAAGACAGCACUCUGGAAGGCCUGCAGGAGUGGACAAGGCGCAAACCCCGCAGCUGGGGCCCCACGCGGGCCUGGCGCGCAGAUUGUGUCGGAGAUUGUCUGGUGAUGGUGGAAGGCCUGAAGCCAGAGGGUGUGCCAGGCCGGCAGCGCUACGGCCGCAUGAAGCUGCUGCAGUUCCGUGAGAACUAUCGCCCGGCCUACUGGGGCACCUGGAACAAGAGGAGCGCCCACAUCUCCCCACGCUGCCCACUGCGCCAGGACAAGGAGCUGCUGGAUUACGAGGUGGACAGUGAUGAAGAGUGGGAGGAGGAGGAGCCUGGGGAGUCUCUGUCACACAGCGAGGGCGAUGAUGAUGAUGAAGGAGGUGAAGACGACGAUGAUGAUGAUGGGUUUUUUGUGCCACAUGGUUACCUGUCUGAUGGGGAAGGGGCGUUGGAGGAAGAGGAGAGCGGCGAUGUGGAGAAGCAGAAGGUGCGGCAGAGGCUGAAGGCGCGGGAGUGGGACGAGCUGCUGGCCAAGCGCAAGCUGAAGGUGCUGGAGGCCGUGGUGCGGGGCUGCGUGUGGGAGGGGGAGGGGGAGGCGGGGCCGGAGACCGACUCCCUGCAGCCGUACACCGUCUGCAUGCUGGAGCCCACGCCAGCGGAGGAGCCCGUUUCCCCGGAGACGUCCGCAGCCGCCCGGGAGCGCCGCGAUGAGCAGCUGCUGUCCCAGCUGCUGCCGCUGUUGCACGGCAACGUGAACAGCAGCAAAGUGAUCAUCACGGAGUUCCAGGAGUUCUGCCGUCAGGUCCUGGCCUCACCCUCCUCCUCAAGCCCCCAGGGCUCUGUGGACAGCGUCCCUACCAGGAUCCGUCUGAAGCGCCUCAUCAAGGAGCACGCUGUGUACGAGAAGCGCCCCGCCUACCGCCGCAGCUGCUGGUACGUGCACGCCGAGGUGCUGGCGCGCUUCCACCAGGAGGCGCUGCCCGUCCCCUGCCAGUGGAAAUACCUCACCCCCGGAGCCCACAGCGCCCGCGACGAGACUCCGGGGGGCCCCAGCGCUCAGGGUGGCUCGCCCCCCGCGCCCCAGCCCUCCACCCCCACAGCCACCUCCUCCUCCACUAAGAGGAAGAGCACCGGCAGCAUGUCCAUCACCAAGUUCAUGAAGAAGCAGGGGGAAGCAAUGGAGACAGACGGGUUCCAGGCGGAUACCGAGGACGAGGAGGACGAGACAGACUGCAUCAUCAUCAGCACGCAGCCCGGCCCCAAAGGACAGGACUGCAAUCCCUCCAGCGAUGACACGACGCCAAGGGAAAACACAGAGUGCAUGGAGGUCACGACCUCUGACCCUGCUGCUGCCCACAUGCAGUGCGCCACCACUGCUGCUGUGUGAGGGCCAACGACCAGCGUGUGAGCGUGCAUGUGAGAAUCAUUCCUGCAAUCAGUGCCUCUCUCUGUAACAAAUACUGUCUCUUAUACACACGCGCGCGCGCACAGUGGCACAAAUGCCAUCUACUCAGUAUUACUGACCCAAAAUUAACUCUCCAC